AUGGCUAGAACACACUCUAAUUGGAAUGAAAUUUCUAAUAAAUUGCGACAAGCAUUUGAAAAUUUCUGCACCACAUUUAAUAAUGAUAUAGCCAAAUUGGCCAAUCAGUUGAUUCGCAAAAAAAGAUCUGUAUGGGAAAAGCCUCUUAAAAAAUAUAUCGAUAUACUCGAUUAUGAUACUUUUAAAAAUCGUCAACCGGAAGUAAAUUCGUUAGAAACUUUCAUCGCUAGAAGCCUCAAAAUACAUGCAGAAUUCUUGAAAGCAGAGUCGAAUGGAGAAAACACUGACUAUAAUUCUAUGGUUUUAAGCUGUAUUAAGGAAUUAGAUUAUAUUACUAUUAAUUUCAAGUUUCUAGCUGCAAGUCAUCUUCAAUAUGCUAAUCAACUGAAACUUAAAGAAGAGCGGGAAAAAUUAAAAAAUAAAAAUUAUUAA